AUGACGACUAUAGCCGACGAGCUGUUCAACGACUUCGAGGACGACGACGAUGAUCAGAACGACGAGCAGGAGGAUGGACUCCUCGGUGGGUACGAGGAUGGCGAGGAGAUGCCUGCGACGGGCGUGACCAUGCCUACUGAAGCCAAGCAGUCGAAUGGGGAGAUGGAGCUGGACGGAGACGAGGAGGAACCGGACGAUGACCCGGAUGCUGCCACAAAUGCGCCGAGUCACUUGAAGAUGGAGGAGCAAGAGGAUGAGGCCGAGACCAAAGCACGAGUGGAGAAGAUGCAGCUGCAGAAGGUCAGCGACGUGCGAAGUGUCGCUGUGCUGAUGAAGAAGCUGAAGCCGGUCAUGGAGGAAAUCGAACAUUACAAAAGCCUUCCUGCGGAGAAGCAAAACCAAAAUAUCGGCGGUAUCGAGGACAAUCCGGAGUACAAGCUGCUAACACAAUCCAAUACACUUUCGACCAGCAUUGACGGUGAGAUCAUGCUAGUGCACAAGUUCAUCCGCGAUCACUACUCGGUACGCUUUCCAGAGCUCGAGACGCUGAUCCAGAACCCAUUGGAGUAUGCCAAGACUGUAGCAAUCAUUGGGAACGGACCUUUCGACAAUAUCCGAGCUAUCAGCGAGAGCAAAGAGAAUCUCGUAGGGCAGCCUUUGCGGCAAGUUCUUGAUGGUCCCACACUGAUGGUCGUGACCGUGGAAGCAACAAGCACUCGCGGCACCGAGCUGGAAAAAAAUGAACUCAUCACCGUCCGUCGUGCCUGCGAGAUGGUUCUCCACCUUGACCGCGCCAAGAAGCUUCUGACAGAAUACGUCCAAUCGCGCAUGUCUCUCUUCGCGCCCAACCUAACAACUCUGAUCGGCUCACUGACUGCCGCUCAACUCCUCAACUACGCUGGUGGAAUAACAGGACUAGCCAAAACACCCGCCUGCAAUAUACCACCUUUGGGCAGCAAGAAGAACACAGCAGCAGUAGGUCUUGCGACCAACAUUGGUAUCCGACAUCAAGGCUUCCUGUACAACAAUGACAUCAUCCGCGACGUGCAGACCGACCUCAAAGUUCAAGCCAUGCGCAUCCUCUCUGCGAAGAUCGUCCUUGCAGCUCGUGUAGACCAGGCCCAUCAAGCUUCCGCAGGCGAACAAGGGUUGGAGUUCUACGAUCAAGUCCAGAAACGUAUCAACAAACUCUCGGAAGCGCCGCCCAACAAAGGCGUCCGUGCUCUGCCGGCACCAGAUGACAAGCCUGCGAGGAAGAGAGGAGGAAGGCGAGCGAGGAAAGCAAAGGAGGCUACUGCCAUGACUGAUCUGCGGAAAGCGCAAAAUCGCAUGGUCUUCGGUCAGGAGGAGAAGGAGGUCGGGUUCGGAGAGUCGACGAUGGGAAUGGGUAUGAUUGGGGCGAAGGAUGAUGGCCGGAUUCGCGCGACUCAGAUCGACCAGCGUACCAGGGCUAAACUCUCGAAGAAGAAUCCUGGGUGGGGUGGUGCGACGCCUGUUGGUGGUACAUCGACGUCUCUGAGGAGCUUCGGUGGUGGAGCUAACACGAUCUCAUCGUUGAAAUCCGCCGGUCUACGAUCUUCGGGUGUUGGAUCUGGGCUCAAGACGCAGGUGGGUAACGCGGGUGGUACCAUGUCUACCGUCGCUUUCACGCCUGUACAGGGUCUGGAACUUGUAGAUCCAAGGCGAAGAGCAGAGAAUGAGAGGAAGAGGAAAGCUGAGGAGGACAGAUGGUUUCAGGGUGGUACGUUCACGGCGGUGGGCAAGGUCGAUAGUGGUGGCUUCAAGAUGCCUGGAUUGCCUGCCAGUAAGGCUGCUAAGAAGGAGUGA